AUGCUAUAUGGAAGACCAGAAGCAAUCGUUCAGGCAUCAGUUAGGAAGAUUCGGUCAUUACCAUCGCCACAAGUGGAAAAACUCGACACUCUUGUCAAUUUUGCAUUGACGGUCGAAAACUUGGUAGCUACGAUAGAGGCAUGCGGCGUCGAAGAUUUCGUAUACAAUGCGUCUUUGAAAUGUGAGCUAGUGGAUCGUCUUCCUCCUGGGCUGAAGCUGGAUUGGGCGAAGUAUUCCAGAAAUAAUGCAGCACCAAAUCUGCUUGAUUUCAGUUAUUGGCUGUACUCGAUCGCGGAAGAUGCUAGUUCAGUUAUGCAAACUUCGUUCAGCACGCAAAGAAGUCGUGGAGCAAAGAAUGAUGGAUUUAUCAAUGUCCACUCUGAAGCAGAAUCAGAACUGUCCCGAUCAGCAGCUGCAAAGACUCGGGGUAUCCACGGAUCAUCAUCAGCGCCAAUGACAGAAUGCAUCACAUGCCGAGGUCAUUGUCCGUCAGUUGCAAAGUGCAAAAGAUUUGCUGAGUUAAGCCUAGUUGCAAAGUGGGCUGUUGUACGAGAGAGAAAGCUGUGUCGCAAAUGUCUGCGUAAGCACAAUGUAUCAUGCAGGCAGCAAAAACCGUGUGGGAUCAAAGGAUGCAUCUUUUUGCAUCAUCCGUUGUUGCACAAUGACCACCAGGAGGUUGAAAAGGAACGUUCUGGCCAAACCUUUGCUACCGGAAGUUGCAAUAUUCACCAACUUCAAACUAGCGAAGUCCUGUUCAGGAUUGUUCCCGUGCUAAUCCACGGUCCAUCAAAAUCCAUCCAGACAUACGCGUUCAUAGACGACGGUUCAGAGCUAACACUGAUGGAAGAUAGCCUUGCAGAGGAGCUUGGCGUAAAGGGGCCUCGAACACCGCUGUGCUUAAAAUGGACGGGUGGUACCAAGAGAGUGGAGAAUGAAUCCCAGAAGGUGGAUGUGGAAAUAUCAGCCAUCGGAAAUACCUCGAAGUCGCACAGGAUGUCCAACGUACAUACGAUUCAGAACCUACAACUUCGGCCGCAAACGUUAGUGUAUUCUGAGUUACUGCAACGGUAUCAACACCUCGGUGGACUACCUGUCGAAUCCUACAGUAACGUAUGUCCUCGAAUCCUGAUUGGGCUUGACCAUGCGUCGCUUGGGCAUGCUAUGAAAAGUCGAGAAGGAAAGCCAUACGAACCUAUCGCCGUCAAAACACGCUUGGGAUGGAUAAUCUACGGGAGUUGUUCACGAACACAGCGAAACCAAAACUACGUGAAUGUCCAUACGAUUAAAGUAUGUGAGUGCAAUCUUGAUUCCGACGAUAACCUGCACACCGCAAUGAAGAACUACUUCACUCUAGAUAGCCUUGGAGUGGCAAAACCAGAAAAGAUUUUGCGGUCAACGGAAGAACAACGUGCCUUGGAAAUGCUCGAAAAGCUGACAAUCCCAAAAGAAGGGCGGUACGAAACGGGACUCCUCUGGAAGUACGAUGAUGUUCGCUUUCCAAGUAGCAAAGGAAUGGCUUACAGAAGAUGGCAGUGUUUAGACCGGCGCAUGAAGCGGGAUGAGGAGUUUGCAAAAACCGUGACGACGAAGAUGGAUGAAUACGUGGAUAAACGCUACGUUCGGAAGUUGUCGGAUGAUGAACUCAAUAUGCAUCAGUCUAAGGAAUGGUACUUACCCGUGUUCCCUGUUGUGAACCCCAACAAACCGGGUAAGGUACGGCUAGUCUGGGACGCAGCUGCUCCUGCUUAUGGCGUUUCACUCAAUUCGCUGUUACUCAAAGGCCCUGACCUUUUGACGUCGCUACUUGCAGUUCUCGUCCAGUUUCGUGAAUUCCGGAUCGCAAUUUGCGGGGAUAUCCGGGAGAUGUAUCUGCAGGUUCUACUGAGGCAAGAUAUUCGACUGUGCUUCUUCUGGAAGGGCGAUGAAGGCAACGCGGAUCCUAAGGUGUACAUCAUGUUGGUGUUACCGUUCGGAGUGUCGUGUGCUCCAAGCAUUGCGCAGUACGUCAAAAACACCAACGCCCAACGGUUUGAGAAGGACCAUCCCACCGCUGUUCAAGCUAUCGUCGACCAGCAUUACGUAGAUGACAUGCUUGUAAGCGUGGAAAGCGAGCAAGAAGCAGUGGACCUCGCACGGGAUGUAAAGAAAAUUCACCAUGAAGCCGGCUUUGAAAUGAGGAACUGGAUCUCAAAUAGCCCGGAUGUUUUGGAGGCGUUACAUGAACGAAAUACGGAAGAGAAGGACCUUAAUAUGGCAGAAGGAGUGAUAACCGAGAAAGUGCUCGGAAUGUGGUGGAAUACGUCCACUGAUUGUUUCACCUUCAAGGUUUCUCCACGGUACGAUCCUGAGCUAAUGUCGGGGCAGCGGACACCAACGAAGCGCGAAGUGCUCAGAACCUUGAUGAUGAUCUUCGAUCCUUUAGGACUCAUUGGCCACUUCUUGAUGUUCCUGAAGGUGGUACUGCAGGAAAUUUGGAGAACAUCCGUCGGAUGGGAUGACCCGAUCGAAGAAAAACAGUUUGAGAUGUGGAUGCAAUGGCUGAAGGUCCUUCCUGAAGUGGCAAAGGUAGAAAUCCCGCGGUGCUACAGGACGGCUACAUCUGUUGGAGGUUCCAACGAAGUACAAAUGCACAUCUUCGUCGAUGCUAGCGAGAAGGGUUUCGCGGCGGUGGUGUAUCUGCGAUUCAAGGAGGGGCCCAUCAUCGAAACUGCGCUGGUUGGAUCGAAGACUCGUGUUGCACCAAUCAAAUUUCUGUCGAUUCCGCGCUCGGAGCUUCAAGCUUGCGUUAUCGGAGUCAGGUUUGCGAACAGCAUAGCACAGUCACUGUCUAUCAAGGUGAAUAGACGCUACUUCUGGACGGAUUCCAGUGACGUCAUCAGCUGGCUCAAAUCCGAUCAUCGUCGGUAUAGCCAAUUUGUUGCUUUCCGAGUGAGUGAGAUACUAGAAGCUUCGGAAGUUUACGAGUGGCAAUGGAUCCAAACUAAAAAGAACGUUGCUGAUGAUGGCACGAAGUGGAAACGGGUGCCUGACAUGACUAGAACUAGCCGAUGGUUUAACGGACCGGAAUUUCUCAAGAACAUUGAAGGAGAAUGGCCUGUGGAACUACACAUCGAAGGACCUACUACGGAGGAACUGCGCCCACAUUUGCUCGUUCACGUCAAAUUACCGGAGCCAAUCAUCGACCUCCAAAACUGCUCUAAAUGGACUCCACUUGUCCAUCGAACUGCAUACGUGUUUCGAUUCAUCGGGAACUUGAGGACAUCCAGACCCGAAGAAAGAACUAUUGGAGUGUUGACGAGUUCAGAGCUAGCUACGGCUGAAAACUAUUUGUACCGGCUUGCUCAGGGAAGUUCUUACCCAGAUGAGGUAGCAGUACUAUCGGGACUACGAGCGUCGGAAAACUUCACAUUAACGAUACCGAAGAACAGUUCAAUCUAUCAUCUUUGUCCGUUUCUAGACGAACAUGAUGUACUCCGCGUUCGUGGUAGAACCAUCAGUUGUCCGUUUGUUAAUCAGGAUGCGGUGAAUCCUGUUAUUCUUCCACGAGACCACCACAUCACCCGUCUCGUCAUAUCCCACUACCACAGCAAAUAUCAUCAUCAAAACCAUAACACAGUUAUCAACGAGCUGCGGCAGCGAUACAGCAUCCCUCGUCUGAAGGCUGCCUACAACAGGAUCCGUCAAUGCUGUCAGCAAUGCAAGAACGACCGUGCACGACCGCAACCACCGGCUAUGAGCGACUUGCCUUUACCUCGCUUGGCCGCCUACGCUCGUCCGUUCACUUACAUGGGGGUGGACUACUUUGGACCGUUUGUGAUUAUCCUUGGACGACGUCUCGAGAAACGUUGGGUACUUCUCGCCACUUGCCUUACCACUCGUGCCAUCCACUUGCAAAUCGUUCACACAAUGACUACCGACUCUUGUAUUAUGGCACUGAGAAACGUCAUGGCUAGGAGGGGGGUACCUGCAGUCGUGUAUAGUGACAGAGGUACAAAUUUCCAGGGAGCCAGUAAAGAACUCCAAGAGGCUAUGGAGAACUUGGAUCGAGAUCGUCUAGCGGCGGAGUUCACCACCUCCCAUACGUCCUGGUAUUUCAUUCCUCCCGCUUCACCGCAUAUGGGUGGAGCAUGGGAACGUCUCGUACGAACUGUCAAACAGAACCUUGGUAAACUGAAACUCAACAGAACGCUGUCCCAUGAAGUCCUCGAAAACAUGCUAACGGAGAUAGAGAAUAUCGUCAACUCUCGUCCGCUAACUAGCAUUCCAAUCGACGAUGACCAGUCACCGGUGCUAACUCCCAAUCAUUUUUUGCUGGGAUCAAGCAAUGGACUAAGGCCUUGGGUUCCGUUUGACGACAGCUCUGAAGUGCUCAAGAACUGCUGGAAGCUUUCGCAAACUUUAGCCAACCAAUUUUGGAAGCAGUGGCUUCGGGAUUAUCUUCCCUCAAUCACUCGAAGGACGAAAUGGCUCACGGAGGUGAAACCCAUCAGAGUCAACGAUAUCGUUGUCAUCGUGGACCCGAAACUUCCUCGGAACACUUGGCCUAAAGGCCGAGUUAUUGGGAUAAAGCAGGGAUCGGACGGACAGGUGCGAAGUGCUACUGUGCAGACUUUCGGUGGCAUCUACGAGCGACCAACUGUGAAGCUUGCCGUGCUCGACGUAGGCGCUGGAAGCAAUGCGCAUCAGGAUGACCAGAAGCCCAUUCCGGGGGGAGUGUUGGUUGCGCUACGUUGA